AUGAUUUCUCUGAUAUAUCUUGCACUGUAUUUCAUGUUAUCUAUUGUUGAAAGUAAACGUAAAAAACAAAUUUUAUUACUUGAUACUUUUCGUUACACCGAAGACAAAAUUGUGAAUACUACUGUUUAUUGUAAAUGCGAAGAUUGUUCGUGUCCUGGGCGUGCUAUACAAUAUGGGUCGGAUCCACCAAACGGAAUUAAUAUAAGAACUCUUUAUAAGAAAUCAUGUGCACUUGCAUUCAUGUCACCACAAGAAGUUGGGAAAAUAUGGACAGUAAUUAUCGCUCGAUUUCAAGAUAUUGAGCAUAUUGAGGUAUUUUACGAUUAUGUAACAAAUAGAUGGGUGGAUGAUGAUGCAUUAUUCGAUUUAUCAUUAUGGAACUAUUUUGAUUUUAAAAGUUCAAGAACAAAUAAUAGUUAA